AUGUCAAAGGGAUAUCAAGCUUCAGUCACUUCUCUUGGAUAGAUAACUUAAUAAUAAUAGGCCAAUAAUCCAAUGUGUGAAACAAAAUUGGUGUCAAGCGUUUUAUAAGUACCUAAAAUUCUCGAGCAUUGUAAUGAAUUUAACACUCACAACAUACCAAGAAUUAAUUGCUACAAUCAUUAAGGAUAUAAUUAUACUAACUUCUGUUAACUUGAAGGAUGUUGUUUCCCAUUAUGUCCUGAAUGUAUUCCUUAACAUGUGCAGGAGCAUUUUGAAUCGCAGUCCAAACCUAAAUUGGAUAGUCUGGAAAAUGUCUUAAAUAAAAUAUAAUUGACAGUGCAUAAUGAAGCUAAUAAAUUGGCAUCUUGCUUUUAGAAUAUUACUAAUUCUGUAUUAAUGGCUGACCAAAUGAACAUGUAAUGCAUAAAACUAUUAAAUGAGAAGAAGGAGAGGAUCAUUAAGAUAAUUGAAUAACAUUUCAAUUCAUUGCUCAUAGAUGUCCAAGGAAAGCAUAUAAAAAAUAUUGAAAAUUAUAAACGAGAUGCUCAAUUCUUCAAAUAGGUAAUUCAAGAUAGAUGGAAUUCACAUGUUGAAUUAUUAGAUAAUUUAAAGAAUCAGGAUUGCAUGAGACCACUCAUACGAUUUUUGAAAUCCAAAACUUUACAGGAAAAUGAACAAUAUUUUCUACAAGCAUAAGAAUUCACAGAGAGAUAUGCUCUUCAUUAAACCAAAGUUAGUUUUGAUUCUGAGAAAUCUUCUUAAUUAGGAGGAUUUAUUUCUGAGUUUCUAAAAGUAGUUAAUUAUGAUCUACCGGAAUACUUGAAUAUUCACAAGUUGGCUCCCCCAGAAAUAACUACUUCGAAAUCUAAUGCUGGAUCGGCUAUAAAUAGUAAAGCAUCAAUAAGAUAAUCUGAACAGAAGAUUUCAUAAAGUCAAACAAAAGGGGGACUUGAGAUUUCAUAGCAAGCCUAAUACAUGAAUCAGUCUCCUGGUUCCAAUAAUUACUUGCAAUAAAGUUAACAAUAGUUUGGAUCACAGAGACAGAUGAGAAAUAAUUAUGGGGAGUAUCCAAGCUUAAGUAAUUUUGGAUCAAGAAAACAAUGA